AUGACAAAGGAACAAGAUCAUAAAGGGACAGGAGGGUGGGUGAGCUUGAAGAGUGCUGCACAGAGCCAGCACGAGAGUGAGAUGAUGCGACUUGCGCGAGCACGCGCAGGUCACGUGCCCCGUACUCCGAUCACUGAAAUACGUGUCUGUACCAAACACGACUCUAGACACUCGACUGCAUCAAGACACACGACUGCAUCAAGACACUCGACACUGUUAUCCAAUGUCAUAGGACCAGGUGCGCAGAAGAAGAAGUGCCCUGUGCACGAAUCAUGGGAUUGGGCAGACAAGUGGGUUUCAACAGAGUUUGCCAAGAUUGGCAAAAGAGAGACCUUAUGA